AUGUCCGAACCAAGCUUUUCCGAAGCAGAGCUUGCAAAAUACUUCAAAAGUACAACUGCUGUCUAUCACACAAAAUCGUACCCCUUCAUCAGUCCCAAUCGACCUGGACUGUCUACAAGGGGAAAGACGGCCAUCAUUACCGGCGCCGGAAAGGGAGGCAUCGGAAAUUCAAUUGCCCUUUCCCUCGCAAAGUCCGGCAUCUCUGCUCUUGGUCUUGUUGGGCGUACCGAAGCAACGCUCCUUGCAACCAAGGAAGUCGUUGAAAAGAUAUCCCAAGAUACACGGGUCUUCCUCUACACUGUGGACCUCGUAGACGCCGACGGGAUCGCCUCGGCACUGCAGUCAUUUGUCGACAGCACAGGGUCCAAGAUUGACAUCCUGGGCGCCAACGCAGGCUACAUGUCGGACCUCAACACCGUCAUUGGAUCCGACGCGGACGACUGGUGGCGCGGUUUCGAGGUCAACAUCCGGGGCAACUUCAACCUGCUGCGGGCGUGGGUGCCGCACGCGCAACCUGGCGGCGUCGUCGUCCACACCAGCACCUCGGCCAUCCACGGCCCUUAUAUGCCGAACUUUUCUAGCUACCGCGGUUCCAAGGCUGGCGCCACCAAGGUGUUUGAGAUUUUCCGCCACGAGAUGGCCGAGCUGGGCAAUGGUGUCCGCGUUGUGCAAUUCCACCCUGGCCUCAUUAGAUCGACCAUGAGCUUCAAGUUUGCGCCCUCCACUGCGGGCUUUCCCUGGGAUGAUGUUGAGCUGAGUGGCGACUUUUUCAAUUGGCUGGUAAGCGACGAGGCCAAGUUUCUGAAUGGCAAACUUGUCAUGGCCAAUUGGGAUGCGGAGGAAAUGUUGCAGAAGAAAGACGAAAUUGCCGGCGAUGCGGACAUGUAUACCAUGAACCUUGUUGGUUGGGUUUGA